AUGUCCGACAACGAGAUGAAAAAACAGCCGAUGCCGGAAGAGUCGAGAAAUCCUGCCGAAGGAGCGAGCAGUGCACCACCAAUGGAGGAAGCAAAUACUCAGAGAAACAGCAAUUCUUUCGAAAACGUCGCGAAUGCGCAAGUGGAGCGUCAGCCGCCGCCUCCGCCAGGAAUUCGUCCAUUGGCAGAUUUGCAAAACCAGACAACACAGCCAAAUAACUCGCAACAGUCGCCGUAUGACGCUCCACCGCCGAGUUAUCAGACAGCGAUGUCGUAUCCAGCUGCUCCGACGUAUGGGGGUGGCGCUGGUCCAAAAUACAAUGGCCAGCCACCAAUCUACAAUCCCCAUCCGCUUCCUGCUAUCACUCAAGUCAGACUCCCGCAACCACCGCAAACCGGCAACACGAUUCGCGUGGAAAACAUUACUCCAAAUGUCGUUCUUCAGGUUCAGAGUGGUCCAACAUGUCCGCAAUGUAGAAAUGGUAUUGUUAUAAGACAGACUGACAUGUGUUGCCUUCUCAGUCUUAUUCUGCUCACAAUCUUCACAUUCCCAUGCGGCCUCAUCUUCCUUUGCUGCGUCCCGUGCACCAUCCAGAACAGAUGCACCAACUGCAAUCGCCUUGCCGUUUAA